AUGGAUUGGGCAUUUACCUGGAAGGGACUUGAACUCAACGAGAUCCGACGGGUGAAGUGGUUGCCGGGUACCCUCAAGAUCAAGAACCGCCGGCAGGAGGCGCUAGACCCGAGCUGGGGCCCGGCCAAGGCCACGGCGCUGCUGAAAAGCUUGGCCACGCGCCGGGACCUGGUGCCGCCGCUUCUCACGGCGCUCAGACGUUCGCGGCUGCAGCUGGAUGAGUUCCACUACUCCGCGGCCAUGAGCAGUAGCGAGUGGGCAGCAUCUCUCCACUUCAUGGCCCAGUCGCAGUGGGAGAACGUCCGCCCCAACGAGUUCAUGUAUUCCUCCGUGGGCGUGCCAACUUGGCCCCUGGCCGUCAACUUUCUGGAGGAAAUGAAGGACCACCGCGUCUCUGAGACCUCCGUGUCUUUGAGCUCGUUGGUCACCGCCUGCGGCGCCGCGUGGCCCGCCGCCCUCGCCCUCUGCGCCGAUUGCGCGGCGGAGGUUCGGCGGGGCGCGCGGGCGGCGGCCAUGGCGGUGGUCGAGGGCGGCGGCCAGUGGCAGCGGGCCUUGGGGCUCUUCGCGGGCUCCGGCGAACGAGACCAGUUCUGUUGCUCGGCGGCGCUCAGCGCGUGCCAACAAGGGGCCCGGUGGCAGGAUGCCCUUCAUCUUCUCAGAGAGAUGCAGAGUGCGACCAUACGGCCCAACCUCAUCACCUGCAACGCUGCCAUGAGCACAUGCUCGAAGGCUGGGCAAUGGCAAGUGGUUAUGGCCAUGUGCGAGCACCUGAUGCUCAAGCAGGUUGAGCCCGGUGUCUGGUGCGCCACCGCGGCCACGGCGGCGGAGAUGGAUUGGCAGUUUGGGCUGAGAGUCUUGGCAUGGACGCUGGAGCAGGGCGCUCUGCUCUCUGGGGCUCUGGCCGGGGCCGUGCUGACGAAAGUCGCGUCAAAGGAGCGGCUGCAGCUGCUGCAGCGGCUGCGGGCGCGAUGGAACUUGCAGGAGCAGCUGCCUUCCUUCACAUCCGUUGCAGGCGCUGGCUGGGUGCCCCUUCUGCUACGUCCUGGCGUCUUCUUCGUGUCCAAGGCCUCGGGCCUUGCCACUGAGGCUUUGCUGCUGAGAGCUCAGCGCACCCUGGCGAAGGUUUCAGCAGUUCCGAUUCCGCGCCUCCGCUUGGUCUCGCGCCUGGACGCGCCCACCAGCGGCGUACUGCCGCUGGCGCUGGGGGAUGCUGCGGCGGAGUUUCUGCAGGCGCAGUUUACCGGGCGCUUGGUGAAGAAGGACUACGUCUGUCUGUGCGAGGGCAGAGGUCUCGGAGAGGCGGGCUCCAGCGGCCUCAUCUCCUCGCCUCUGCGCACCUUCGACCUGGGCGGCACCGCUUUUACGGAGGUGGCGCCGAGCGGAAGGGAGGCGCGCACGGCGUUCUUGGUGAAGGAGCGGUUUCAUCACGAGGAUCUGGAGCUGGUCUUCUUGAGGGUUCGGCCUUUGACCGGCCGCACCCAUCAGAUCCGGGCGCACCUGGCGUCUUUGGGCCACCCCAUCGUGGGGGACAUGACCUACGGCCCCAGCCGCUUUCGCCUCCCGCGGCUCUUUCUGCACUGCGCCGCGCUGCGGCUCAUCGACGCCUCAGGCGCUCCUGCGGCGGCCAAGGCGCCGCUGCCGGCGGAGCUGGAAACGGUGCUGGCGCGCCUGAGAGAAGCGAAGACGGGUGUGGUUGAUGAGUGGGUGUCCAAGCCGGAGCUGUUCUGCAUCAUCACGGCUCAGAGCGUAGAGAUUGGAGUCAUCGCGCUGCAGUCAGGCUUCCACAAUGUCAACUGCGGAUUCAUCCCCAGGAUGAUCAAUUUCGUGCAGAAGACGUGCCCCUCCGUGGCGCUCCUCUACGGCAAGCGACCGCUGCAGAGGAUUGCAGUCGGCGCGCAGAAGCAGCAGCUGGAGAUCCCGCUGGACGUGGUGGCGGACAUCCCCACGAAGGUGGACUCCAGCGUUGCUUACGUGGGCAACAAGUACAACGCCUUGCCCUGGAAGGACUUUGUGGACAUCAAGCUGGACGCUCGGAACUUGAUCGAGGCGGACGUGAAGAGCGCGCUCACGGACCUGGACUGGUUCGGCAAGGUGAACGCCCUGUACUGCGGCAAGGCCGCGGAGACGGAGAUGGAUGUGGCAGUGAAGACGCUGGGGUCCAUGAAGCCGGUGAAGUACCCCAUCGCCAAGAAGUGA